AUGGUCUGGUCAGCCCCCUAUAUCGGCUCCCGCCCCGUCACCAUCCUGGGCGGUGGUGUCCUCGGCCGCCGCAUCGCCUGCUCCUACGUCGCCGGCGGUUUCAAUGUGCACAUCCGGGAUCCCUCUCCCCAAGCACGUGAGGACGCCCUCAAGUACAUUGACGACAACAAGGAAUUCUACACCACCUUCUGCCCCAACGGCAAGCCCGCUCCGUACGGCACCUACACGGCGUCGGCCGACAUCGAGACGGCGGUUAAGGACGCAUGGCUCGUCAUCGAGGCGGUGCCGGAGAAGAUCGAGCUCAAGAUUGAUACCUUUGGGCAGCUGGACAAGUACGCGCCCAAGGACUGUAUCCUGGGAUCCAACUCGAGCAGUUUCAGGAGCGGGUUGAUGCUGGACCUGGUCAGCGACGAGAGGAGAAAGAUGGUGUGCAAUGUGCACUACACAAUGCCCCCGAUGGUGAGGACGGUGGAGUUGAUGAGCGAUGGGUAUACCCAUCAAGAGAUCUUUCCGUUCUUGAGCGACGUGCUCAGGCUGUGCGGCAUGCUCCCGGCGACGGCAAGGAAGGAGUCUACUGGCUUCAUCUUCAACCGCAUUUGGGCUGCGGUCAAGCGCGAAAUCCUCACCACCCUCGCCGAGGGAGUCUCGGACGCCGCCGAGAUUGACGCCCUCUGGGCUCACAUGUUCCAGACCUCGGUCGUCCCCUGCCAAAUGAUGGACCGCGUUGGCCUUGACACCGUCGCUUUCAUCGAGGACAACUACAUCAACGAGCGCAAGCUCGACGGGUCCCUGACCGUUGACUGGCUCCGCAAACACUACAUCGCCCAGGGCAAGCUCGGUCUCAAGACCCCCGAGCAGGGUGGUCUCUACCCUCCCUCCACCGUCGUCGCCGCCGCCGGCACCACCACCGCCGAGAAGCAGAUGCCGCCCAUCUUCGUCCUCGACGUUGGUCUCGGCGCCAAUUCCCCCGCCUACCCCUCCCUCGCCGGCAUUUCCACCAACGGCAAGAUCCUCCGCCUCGACGCACCCAACCAGCCGCCCAAGGCCCUCGUCACCGGCCUCCCCCUCCCCGACGGCAUCGACGUCGACCCGUCCGCCAACCGCAUGUACUGGACCAACAUGGGCGCCGACGUGACCGCCAAGGAUGGCUCGCUCAUGUCCGCCACCCUGGACGGCACCGACAAGAAGGUCCUCUUGGGCGACGGCAUCCUCACGACGCCCAAGCAGCUCGUGCUCGUCAAGGACCAGGAGUCAGGCACCGAGAAGCUCUAUUUUUGCGACCGCGAGGGCUGUUCCGUGCACCGGUGCAACGUCGACGGCAGCGAGCACGAAGUCCUCGUGCAAAAUCCCGGCGGUGUCGGUGACUUGAUGGACUGGUGCGUCGGCAUCACCGUCGACCUUAAGCAGCGCAAGUUCUACUGGACGCAAAAGGGUCCUGCCAAGUCCAACCUCGGUCGCAUUUUCCGCGCCAACAUGGAUUAUGAUUUCCUCGCUGCCGGCGAGACUGCUUCGAACCGCUCCGAUAUCGAGGUCGUGUUCGACAAGCUGCCUGAGCCGAUUGAUGUCGAGAUGGAGAGCGAGACGGGGGUGCUGUACUGGACUGAUCGCGGUGAGCACCCGCGCGGUUGCUCGCUGAACUGCGCCAAGGUCUCGGGCAACGGCGAGGGCGACAUGAUGGAGGUCAAGAUUCUGGCGAGACGGUUCCAUGAGCCGAUUGGCCUCAAGUUGGAUCUGGCCAGGAAGCAGAUCUUUGUGUGCGACUUGGGUGGGAGCGUGUAUGCGGUUGAUGUCGAGACGGGCAAGAAGACGGUUGUGCAUCGCGAUGAGGGGUCGUAUACGGGUCUUGUUACUCUGCCUGGGAUUUAG